AUCUCUCUCAGCCUACACAAUCUCCCCACACAACCUCAGGCUCAGUGAUGUUGGAUACGCUGUGAGACUGAGCUCUAACACACUCUGCUCUUCGAGGACACACAAAGUACAACCCUGGCCAUCAUGGAGGAGGCUGACCUGCUGAAGGAGAGGCUCCAGGCGAUCACGGACAAAAGAAGAAUCCAGGAGGACAUCGCCAAGAAAAGGAGACAGAUCGAAGAGGAGAAAUUAAAACUCCAGUACAUAAAGAAGAAAGCCCUGAGGGAGCAGUGGCUGAUGGACGGUCUGAGUCAGCAGUCGGAGGAGGAACAGGAGGCCAUGAGGCUCCAGGCUCAGGAUGAGCAGCAGCAGAGCGAUCAGCUGCAGAGCAACAUCCUCAGAAUAGAGAAGGAGAUCGAGGCCUUGGAAACACAAGAGCUCAACAUUUCUGCCAACGAAGAAGUAGUCCUGAAGCGAUUAAAAGAGGUGGAGAGAACGCCAGAGGACAUUAUCAAGGAGCUCAAUGCAGAGUUCCAGCCAGAUGUGACACAUCACGUCCCAUCACUGCUCCCAGAUCUCCCAUCAUUGAUCCCACUGGCACCAGCAAAACCCUUUCCUGUACAUGAGCCUGUUAGGGACGAACCAAAGAAAGCUACUUUUGCGAUGGAAAUCAGUGUGGAACACGAUAAGAGGACUGGCAAAUGUCAGGUUGUUUCCACAGCCGCUAUCACCCCGGACACCAUCCAAGAGCGGGGGUUAAAAGUGUACGACGACGGGCGCAAGUCUGUUUACGCGCUGCACCCAGAUGGAGCUAAAAUACACAACGGAGCUGUUGGAGAGAUGACGGUCACCGAAGUAGACGAACUUCUGCGUCAGGCCACAGAUGAGAAGGUGCCCACCGAGGUGCAGUACCACCAACCCGUCUACUCUUUACCUUACACGGGAGCCAGCAGACCAUCAACACCCCAAGUGCCAACCAAAGUACAAACCCCAUCGCCCAGACCCCCUCAGAGCACCACCUCAUGCAGGAACGGAGCUCAAACCCUUAAGGAGGACAAGCAGUGCAGUCAAGAUCAAGCUAAACAGAAAUACCCAAAUAAAACACCCAGCCCCAGCCUCGUUAGUCACAACUCUACGUCAAGAGCCCAAAGGUCUGGAGAAGAAGCCAAGCUGCCCUGCGUCCACCUUCCAGGACAAUCCACAGGUGACAAGCACCCGGCUCUACAGAAAACUCCACAAGGACUCACCAACAGGAACAAGAACAUAAGCAGUCCAAACCCAGCAGCUCCUGUCUCAAUUAAAGUCAGGUCUGAGGAAACGCCUGCACCUAUACAACCGGUCUACAGGGCUGUAGAUAGUCAUAGUCCUCUGUUAACCAGCCACAAAUCUGACGUUGACUUAAUUGAGAGCUCACAUGACGUUAGCAGACACUCGCCCUUCUGUGCAGAAAGUGUUUCCUCUUUAAACGUCAUGAACACUCUGCCAGAGGAGAUAGAAUCCCAACCCAUCACCAUGAUCUUCAUGGGCUACGAGAAUGCUCUGGAUGAGGAGGAAGAUGACAUCCAGGCUGAGCUGGUGAUCAUAGGCAACAACGAUGAUGACGAUGAUGAAGAUGAAGAUGAUAAUGACAGGGAGGAGUAUCUGUCGUAUCAUCCGGAGGGAUACAAGAGCAAAGUCUUCCAACCCAAAGUGGGCAUAGCCAAGGUGGUGGGCUGCAGAGACAUUACUGAGGACACACACUGGGAUGAUUUAGGGCUCCACAAGCCGACGUUUAUCCACAAGCCUGGAAAGCACAACCUCUACAUGCAGGGCCAGGGGGCGGAUGAGGCUGCAAACACAGGCAGCAUCAACAUGGAGAAGAUGAAGCUCUGCUCAACAGGAAGAUAAGAGAACUUGCUGAGAUACUGGCAAAAAGAAUAUAGACGUGAUUAGAGGUGAUUCAUUCUGUCUUUCACCAUGCCGCGGCGUCCUGAACAUGAUUUUUGUAUAAUUUCCUAACCAAUCCAACAUAUAGUACUUCUCAGCCUGCCGAUCUUAUGCAACAGGAAGACAACAACUUCCUACCUCAUGCUGUUUUUGUUUUUUUUUGCAAAAGCCUUAUCUUUAUAUUUUUGUCCAGAUUGAGGGAGAAAGCUGGCAGCCACACGUGUCAUCAGUCCUUGUGCCUUUCAAGUGGCUGUAAUGCCACCUCCUGGCCGAUUAGUCUUAUGUCACAUCAACAAGGCAAAGUGUACAGCUUUAAUUUACUGGCAACAUCAUCAAACAUGUUUGAAUGAAGUAUAAUAGUCUAUAAGUUAAAUGGAAAAUAAUGCCUUUAUUAAAGCUCUGUAAGAUCUAUAAGGCUGUGGAGCUAAAACAGAGACUACUGUAAAUAACCAAAGCAACUGUAAGCGGUCUGUUUUCCUGAGUUGGUCUAGGUCUAGGGCAAGCUUAAGACUUCCACCUUUGUGUUAACAGUUUGUUUUUGGUCCUCUCAAGUUGACAACGUCCCUUUGUAGAGAACCAGCCGAGUCCAUUCAGCACAUUUGGGAUGAAGUGAAACCCUGACUGUGCACCCGGCCUCGUCCUCACUAACGCUCCUGCUGCCAAAUGACAGCUUUAAACAUGUGGUGGAAGCCCUGAACCCUGCUAAUGAUCACAUGCUCAGAUAUGGAAGGAUUAUCCUCGUGUCCACAUAUUUCUUCAUGCAGCCUUGUGUAAAAAGCAAUAAAACAUUAAUUUAUUGAGCAGUAAUGAAGCUGGAGCAUUCAUGAAGUACUUCCUCUAAGCAACCCGUGUGGACACGACGUGGAUCUGUUUGGAUUUCUACUGUAACUCUGUAAACUAACCGACCUGUGUGCUGUUACUGACUCUGCAAUUAAACAGAUUUCAUCAUCGA